GAUACGGAGAACUCUAUUCUUUUGGAAAGAAAAUUAUAUUCCCUGGACAGCCGGCUGAUCCUUCGCUGCUCUCAGUUCGCGAUUGCGUUGACGAAAGAGGUAGAACUGAUUUGAUCCCGUAUAAUGGACGGCGAGAAGGUAGACAAGUUUGGAGCUUCUGAAGAGUCCAUUAGCAAGAACCCUAACCUAAGCUCUGGCAACAAUAACAACUCCCCGCCGGAGGUGGAAGUCCACCUCUUUCGGAGGGGUCGAGGACCGAUCGAUGUCUUUAGAUCGAAGCUGGGUGGUUGGGAACAGGAUCGCCUCGAGGUUCAAGAUAUCCUCGAUAAGUACGGAUUCAAGUCCCUCUUCGCCUACAACUCAGAUUCUGGGAGGGGCGUCCCAAUCCGCUUCAGCCCCCGGAACGGUCGCUCCAUUCUCUCUUACGCUAAUGGAUCGGUCGUCAUCGUCGAUGGAGAACCAAAGGAUUCGUUUGUUAAGCCCAUGACCAAGAUUUUGGUCGGGGUCGCGGUGCUAACCCUUCUGAUAGCAAUUUUAUAUAAAGAAAUCCCGGAAUGGUUUAUGGCGUCUAAAAUUCUUAGUGGAACUUUCCCUCCUUGGGUUCUUGCUUGCAUCGUCAUCGUCUUUACUCGGUUAAGGAAGAGAACCAAGGAUGUAUUAAAGAAGUAUGGGUGGUGAUAAGGAUUCAUAACAGCUAUCUGCUUUUUGAAAAUAAGGCUUCUUUGUUGCUAUCCACCGAAGAUGAUGGAUGAUAGAUUUCAUGACACUUCAGCUUAGAGUGUUGCUGAUGCCUCUACAUUUAUAAAAUUACAUGGUUGCUACUUGCUAGCACUGCCCUCUAUUUCCUUAGGAAGCAUGUGUGGUUGAUAGUUGACAGUAUGAUGGAUGAUAAUCUUGUGUACAAUUACUGAUGGUAAAAAUAUAUGUAGUAGCCGAUCUCUGCUAAUUAAGAUUCAUGAUUUCUUGCUGUGGUAGUAUUCUUUUAUUUUGCAUUAGAGGGAAGUAAAUAAAUAAGAUUGUUUUAUGUUGGCUCAUGUUUUUUGUAUGGGAGUAUCUAUCAGGCUUUUAACUCUUGGUGUACAUCUUUUCCUGUUCUUGUGUCCACUUGACGGUGCUUGAUUCUCAGGGUGAAAACUGUUUGGAUUGUACUGCUGCUUCGCCUACACAUUGAUAAUGUAGAUCCUUUCUCAUAUUUACCCAUUAGUCUGAACUAAGAGUGAUUGUGUCUUUGUAACCAUCUUGUUAGUUUGAGAAGGUUGUUUUAAUCCCAUUUUUUGAAUAUGUGAAUUGAUGUGAUAGUUUGAGAGGGUUGUUUUAAUCCCCUUUUUGAAUAAAUUCAAAUGCUCAGAAUAAUUA